GCGUCGCCCACCGUGCCGAAGUGGAUGACGUGACAAGAGGAGGAAGUGUCAGGUUUUGGAGCAGCAGCAACUUUACCAGAAAAAAGUUCCAAAAAUCCAAAAUCUGUGCUGGCCCGGCUUGCCGAAAUCCAUAGCAAUCUCGAAACCCGAUAGCAGCUGACACGGCGAGCCCGAAUCCAGCCCCACGCUGCCCUGCCCAGUCCGUGUUUUGCUGGGCCCCAAAGACCACUGAAGUCCCUUGCGCCCAGUCCCAACACACACAGUGGUGGUGGCACGGCGAUAAAACACGACCAGCAGCUUGUUAUAUCGUGUGAAUUGGAAAACAGAUCGUUCAUGCAACCAAAUUCCGGUCGUGAAAAAAGGUGAAACAUAACAGUGAGAGGCGCUUGCAAGAUGCACAACGCUUGUGUCCGUUGUGCGCAUUUCCAAUAACAGUUCGCGAGGACGUGGAUCGCCGCAUCGGACGGAUCGGAGGCACCGACAGGGAGGCAGGCAGGCCGUGUGCUGCUGCGUGUAGGAGUGUACCUCCGCUGAUUGUGUACGGCGUACGGGACGCACUUCAGGGGGAACGCCAAACGCGGGCAAGGGAUCGUGGGUAAGGAUACGUGUUUCAAGUGCCGUUAGGUGAAUAAUUGCCCGCAGAGAUAAACAAAGCGAUACCCGACCGACCAUGGCAGCCAAUGAUCGAACGGCCGCUCCGCACAUCAAAGCACCGUUGAUGAAGUUUAAAACGUACCUCUCCGCUCUACGACCGUGGUCCCUGUCCGCCAGCCUGAUCCCCACGUUGCUGGGAACCGCACUGGCCUGCGAGAGCGGAUACGAACACCUAAGCUUCUUCACCUUCCUGUGCACCGUGCUGACGGUGGUGACGGUACACUGUGCUGGAAAUGUGGUCAACACGUAUUACGACUUUGUGAAAGGCAUCGAUGAUCGCAAGGCGGACGAUCGAACGUUGGUUGAUCACAUCCUUAGCCAGGAUGAGGUUGUUACAUUGGGUGUGUUGCUGUAUGGUGCCGGAUGUCUCGGGUUCGUAUGCCUGGUGUACCUGUCGCCCGCCAGGCUGGAGCAUCUCGCGCUGGUAUUUUUCGGCGGUCUGUCCUCCAGCUUCCUGUACACCGGGGGCUUCGGCCUUAAGUACAUUGCCCUCGGGGACGUGCUCGUGCUGGUCAUCUUUGGCCCAAUCUCGGUGCUGUUCUCGUACAUGGCACAAACGGGGCGAUACGAAUGGGCCACCAUUUUCUACGCCAUUCCGCUCGCGCUCAACACGGAAGCAAUUCUGCACAGCAACAACACGCGCGACGCCGAGUCGGACAAGCGGGUCGGCAUCGUGACGUUGGCCAUCCUGAUCGGCCGAACCGGCUCGUACAUACUGUACGGUGUGCUGCUGUUCACGCCGUACGUAAUCUUCGUGGUGCUCGGCAUGAAGUACUCCGCGCUUUUCCUGUUGCCGAUGGUUACGUUCAAGCAGGCGUUUGCGCUCGAGAGACAGUUCCGCAACGAGAGCACGAUGCAGAUGGUGCCGCGCCAGACGGCUAAGCUGAACCUGUUCUUCGGCAUCUUGUACGUGGUGGCCUGCUUCGGCGCUCCCCAGCUACCGUUUAUAACGCGAAAGUGAACCAAAAGAGACGUCUACUAGCCGUUCGGAAUGCAAAUGUGCAAUGGCUCGACUUACACGACAACCUAGGUUAGAGAAACACUUCGUACCCGUAGCGCCGGCUACGGUCAAUACUGCCUCCCCCUCCCCCCCCCAACCCCCAAGAAGGAUCUUUGUUAGUUGCUAUUUAUUUGUUAAGCCUUCUUCGUUAGGUCGUAGAACCAGAUUGUGUUUGUGUACCAGGUGCCUGCGUGUACAUGUGCUGUGGCGUAGACGAAGUACCAAGUAUUUACGUUGACGAAGAUACCAAGUAAGUACGAGGUACGACGAAUGCACGCUCGUUUGCAUGUGCACCAGCUCGCAAAGGCUGAACUCGGUAUGGCUUGCAAGAGUUUCGUAACCGAAAAACAGGCCGAUACACGGCCUUAAUGUACCAGGAAUGAUUUAAAUUAAUUUAUGAAUGUAAAAAAUGCAAUUUUAUUACAGAUCGCUAUUGCUCCAUAUUGUAGGCAACCAGCAUCCGUACACCUCUCCUUACCGAAUGGACGCCCCCUGGUGGGAUUUCGAUUACGUUUUAGUACGAUGAAGCGACAAAAGCAUCCCGAGGAUGCCGUAACUUUUAUCAAUCAUAACUUUUCAUCUUAUUACUCCCGUCUCUCCCGAUGCUGCUGUAGUAUAGCAGUACAACAUAUCAGCGAAUUGGCAGUGGUUUUCUCGAAUUGAGGUAAAACAAUAGAAAUCGAACGGCUGUCACGAAUGGCUCGAAUCGAACACCUCUAUCAGCCCUAUGUGAAAAGACCAAAGUCACAACAAUCUUAAGAAGGCGAUUCCACACAAAAAAAGAAGAAGGUCACUCAACAAUGAAGAGCAAAAGGAGUUAGUAGAAAAAGCUGUAAUUAUUGUCGUGUAAGUAGUUGAGGACUUUUUGUUGUUGCUAUUAUUGUUGUCUGUUUCGCCCUUCAUCGCACGCUAAUGAGCUGUGGCACGCUAUUCCGAGGCUUAUCCCCGUGGGUAACAUAUGUCGGUCGGUCGGACAUGCUCAUGGUGAAGAACACUGCUUCAUUGAAAUGAUGUUUUAAAAGCUAAUCGUAUCUGUCUUUUUUUCUUUGUCAUCCUUCAAAGCCAACAAUAAUUAAGUGAGAGACAAUAAUUAGCUAAUCGAUAGAGAACAAAUCAUAAACAAAAACCUAAAAAAGCAACAUAACACAAAAAGCAUGAUUAAUUCAACAUCGGUCCUAAAUACGCUAGGAACAAUUAGUAUGAUAAGCAAUGUAGAGAGAGAGAGAGGGAGAGAGAACGAGAAAGGGAAAGGAAGGUCUUGCGUUGCGUCGGCAAAUGCUGGCCGCGCGUAAUAACGUGCGUUUUUUUUGUAGCUUCUUCAGCUGCAUCUGAUCAGAGCCGUACCAGAGCGAAGGCACCAUUUGGCCGAUGGUAAUUAAGUUUAAUACGAUCAAACACAUGUACUCCCGCCGCGUUGCAAAGCUGGCAAAGGUAGGGUUUAGUUUAUUAUCCGUGAUGUUAUCGCAUUAUGGUUCUGGUUGAUUUUUGGAGGAGAUUCUACUCGACAGUUGAUAAUUAUUAUUAUUAGUGUACUUGCGCAUCUUUUCGCGUACGCAUCUUCUCGCGCUCUUUGCAAUGCCUUCAAUGGCUUAAAGAUGGCAAACGUUUUAGGCUUAAUUUGUUUCCCGUGUUGUUGGCCGUACGCGCAUUACGCGGUUCUCUCCUAGAUUGCGUUUGAGCUACUAGAAAAUCAGUGUUUGACCCCGUUAGAUAAUAAGUGCCAUUUUUUUGGGCAUAAUGACGAAGAUAUAUUCAACAAUGUAUCUGCAGCUAGCUAUUGACCGGUUGUGCUGUGCGUACGGUCGCAACACGGGGAAACCACCGGAGGCAAUCUGUGUGUUUAGUUGCGUGUAAUUGCGAGGAAUGAUUGAGUAUGAACGGCAAUGGGGAAAUGAAGCGUUAAUCAGGGAUAUAGAAACCAGCUGCUGCAGCAAGUACUGUUUCGCUUGUAGUGUUGGCAACUGUGUGUGUGUGUGCUCGCAACUGCCCGUGCGCAACUCAGCGUUUAUAGUUUUACGAAUUAGGCGUAUAAGAAAUGGCGGCAUUAUGCUUACUCGUUUACUCGUUCGAUGAAUGUGCCAAGAUGCACUUAGCAGUUAGAGAAUGUCUUACUUAUUCUAUGGUUGCGCUGUAUGAUCUUAGUAAAGCUAUAUGGUUUUCGUCUUUCCUAUCCCUGUUUGCGCCAA